GGCGGCGGUUUACAACACCAUUUUACGACACUGUUUUACGACGCUGCUCUCAGUUCGUCAUCGCACUGCUUCAAGAUGGCAUCAUCGUUUUGGAAAGGUGUUGUCGGCGUUGGACUUUUUGCCUUAGCUCAUGCGGCUUUCUCAGCGGCACAGCAUCGAUCAUACAUGCGACUUACAGAAAAGGAGCACGAGACGCUACCAAUUGACAUUGUAUUGCAGACCUUGUUAUCGUUUGUGAUAACCUGCUACGGUAUUGUCCACAUCGCUGGAGAGUUCAAAGACAUGGAUGCUUCCUCAGAGCUGAAAAACAAAACUUUUGAUACGCUGAGGAACCACCCAUCCUUUUACCUUUUCAACCACCGGGGUCGGGUGUUAUUCCGUACACCAGAGGAGGAGCCCUCCUCUGUACGCCAGCAAGCUCUUCCUAACCCCCUCCGGCUACGCAAGCUGGAGAAUUUGCACUGAGACUGGCCUUUCCUGCCCGUAACAUCGUCGUCGUCAGAUAUGAUUUGUUUUUCUUAGACAGACGGAGGGGAAAGUGAGAAUUCAUCUUCCUCCGCUUUAAUUUUAAUUUGUAAAUAAACUAAUAUGCUGUCCAAACAUGCAUCUCUGUCCAUACAGUGGUUAUCACCAUAUUCAACACUGACUGUGCCAACCCUUCAGUUUUUCAAGCAGAUUUAUUUGUAUAUACAGUAUGUAAUUGCUUUGGAGUCUUAAGACACUGAGACAUCUGCACCUUUUUGGUCCCUUCAGAACUGAUUUGGGAUAUUGCUGUCCUUUGUAUAUCUUUUGUAUGAGAAGUGUAACAAAGCCUGUUUUGUUACCGUUUCAUUUCAACCACACAUCGGUCUUCAGCUGCUGUCUGGGUGAAAUUUUGUCGACUGAAAUGAGUUUUAUUGUGCGAACUGAGGACUCUUUAUUUCCUUGAUGAUUUCCUGGAAGCAUGAAGGCUCUGUAUGUGCUGUAAGCAAGAAAAAGGUUUGCUUGUGCACCAGAAGAAAUUGACUUGAGGUGAAACGUGAGAGCAGAGAACAUUAGACAGCCAUUCUAAUGAAACUGUGAAGACCUGAGGCGGAGCAGAAAGUAAUGGUACAUUCAUUUGGGUCAAGUUUAUUUUUCCUUCAUUUUACAUUUUGUUAAGAUUCAACAGAUUGUUUUCGAUUUAAUAAAAGGCAUACUGAUUUUACAA